AUGAUAAUCUUCUAUGUGGCAAUCUGUUCAUCAAUCAUUCCAUGCAUUUUUCAAAAGAAAAAUCGAAAUGCAAAAUCGACGAAACAAUCUAGCGCGGCUCGAUCUCCGAAUGCAGCUGGAACUGGAGCUGGUGCCGCUCAAAAUGCUACUGGUGCUAGUGCAACAUCAAUCAACAAAUCACCGGAAAAAUUGGAUGAUCCAGCAAAAGUCAAGUCGAAGGUUUUGAGUGUGAAUGCGAAGAAGAUUAAGAGUGAGAAAAAGGUUGGAAAGAGUCAGAAGGCUGGAAAUGUUGAUGGUGGAGAUGAAAAAGAAGGUGGAGCUGAUAAUGGAGGAGGACAAGGGGGAGGUAAGUUUGAGAAGGAAGUUCUAGCAAUAAGUGAAGACUCAAAAGCUUACUGUUUACAACUCGCUUCUUUCGAGUCUAAUAAAAAUGACGUGGCAUCAGUGCUCCAGUUUCAAAAAAUCAAUUAGGUCACGUUCACGUAAAAAAAAUCACCGGAUUUUUAUUUUCUAUUUCUAGAGCAUUCGUUGCAGUUUCAGUAAUUCUUGCAGUUCGGAACAGUCCUAGAAUACAGUAAAUCUUGCAGUCUGAAUCUGAGUCACAGUAAUCAUACCAAAAAAUAUUACUCAUGUUAGACUCGAGCAGAGCAGGGGAAACCACUAGCUUCUGCGAACGAGGAAUCAUCUUGAAAACCCCGGUUUUUUUUGCAGAAAACGACGAUGGUGUGAAAUACGACGAAGAGGGAAAUGUGGCUGAAAUGCCGAAACACGAAAAAACAGUUCGAAUCGAAAUGCAAGACGAUGCGUCAAAAACCAAAUCAACUCGAACAUCCGACCAAAAAUAUGGACAAAAUGCUGCCAACAAAGAUUUGGGUCUUGUUUUAUACGAAGUUGAUGAUAAACAAUCACCAAUAACUCCUCCGGUUUUGAAAAAAACAAUAAGUAAAGAAAAGGAGACGGAGAAAAAGGAGAAAAAAGAUAAGACAAAAAAGAAAACGAAGAUUUUGGAUAUUUUUAAGAAGGAGCAAGAUGGUUCGAAAGUUGAUGCAACUCAGGAUGCAAGUGAGAAAAAUUAG